CACAAAUAGCGCCCUCUGUUGUUUGAAUAAAGCCAUCACAGUUCCCUGGCGACGGAACAUGGCGGCGCAAACGUCCAAAAGAAAACUGGCAUGACUGGUCUACGGAAUAGAAGCGUGAUACUUCCUGAGGAGGAACGUGAACAAUUGGCUACUCAUCUACAUGUAAAGCGUUCCAGGACUCCAUGCAACAUAGAGAACGGAAACAACUGCUAGAUAAACGUAUCUGAAUUGGAUGUAUGAAGAACCUGUUGUACCAGUCGUGGAUAUCUGAAGAAAGUGGCAUAUCGUACAAUCCUUGCCAGGCAUGCCGCUCCGAUCAAACAAGGUACCAGUUUUAGUUAUUUCCAGGAGCAUGUCUGAGCUCAAACGAUGAGUGAAUCGGUCGCCAAGAUUCUGAGGGACAGACAGCGCCGGGCCGGUCAGCGUGAUGGGGAAUCGACGGGACAGUUCCUGUGGCGAGCUCUGCGGGAGUCCAUCCGCAAGACAACGAGGGAAGUGGCGCGGGCCGACGCGGCCGAGAUACACAUCGGGCAUGGGGUGCACCACCUGCGCAAGAUCAACCACACUGAGCCUGUACUGGAUGUGAUGUACAACAAAGAAACAGAGGAAUAUUUGACCAUAGACUGCCACGGUAUCAACCUAUUCCACAAGGAUGGCCGAGCCAAAGAUCAACUUGAGCCCGAGGAACCGAUUGAGAAGCUUGUCUUUGCGCCAGAGGUCAAGCGAUAUGUGGGCUGGUCGACUGGCGAGGAAUACCUCAAGAUGUUCACCGAAGACUUUGACUUGAUUUCGGAAGCCAAGGCGCCCCACAAGAUCUGCUGCGCAUUGUACAACGACCAGCAGAAUGAGGUAGUGACUGCCGGGCAGGCGUCAAUCAUGUCUUGGUGUUUCCGCUACGGGGCGAAGCACCUCAUCCCCAAGAAGUCCAUCGAUCCUACCGGACUGACACCAGACGACGUGUUCACCAUGAUUGCCUUAGAGACAACAGCCAGCCGAGCCCAGCGAUGCUUCGCUGUCCAUGAUGCUGGGGUGGCCGUCUUCAACCUGUAUGAGGGAACGCUGUUGUCGUACAAGAAGAACCUUCAUGUUAGGAGCAUUACAAGUAUGCUCUUCUUCAACCCUUUGAAGCAACUCAUCACGGGUGCCCGCGACGGCUCCAUCAAGGUCUGGGACGACACCUGGCACCUCUUGCUGGUGUUUGUGGGCCACAGCGCGGCCGUGACCGCCCUCGGCGUGUACCCCUACGGCCCUUACAUCGUGUCGGCAUCCCAGGACUGCUCACUGCGGGUAUGGAGCUUGGAAACCUGCGAUGAAGUUGACAUGAUUGAAACUGAUGAGCCUGUGGAGGGGCUAGGCACAGUGCUACGGAAAGACAAUAUCUUCUCUCAUUCCAAAACGACUGUAGAUCUGUGGCGUCUCAGGCAUAUCCACAAUCUCUUCACAGCAGUGGGGAGUAAAGUGACAAAAAUAACGACGACUGAUCAUCCAAAUAUGCCAACAAGAGCCGUAUGUCUGUGUAGAGACAGCAGUGUCCGGAUUAUCACGCCAGGAUCCGGUGAUGUACUGACAUCGUUCCUCGCUUCCACCAAGCAAGGAAUCCUGGACGCAGCCUACGCGGCGGCAGACAAUAUCUUGUUCGUUGUCUGCAAGACCGGCGACAUCAUCAAAGCCGACACGUCAAAGAACCCGGCCAAGGUGCUCCGAGUCUGGAAGCACGAGAGCCACAACGAGAAAGAUUACCUGAACACCAUCGCCCUGUACGAGUACGUCAUUGAGCCCACGCAGACGCCUGAGUCCCGCUGGAGCAAGAGCAAGUCCCGGAAUCGCACCUUACUGAUCGGUGGCCGGAGGGACGGCAACGUUGCUGUGUUGCACUGGAACACAAUGGAGGUGGUCUUCAAAGCUGACGCUCAUGGCUUCAAAGGAGUGCUUGGACUCAAGGCCAGCCCGAAGAAUGACCUCCUGAUAUCGACGGGACUAGACUACGGCAUGCUGUUCAAUGACAACGUGAUCAAAGUCUGGCGUGUCUUCCCUUUCGCUGAGGAGUCCCUGGCCCCACUGAUGUCCUUCUACUGCGCCCACACCCCUCUGCACAUGUCUGUCAUGAGGGCCACCCUGUGUGUAGCCUUCCAAGAUGAGUCCUCUGCCACUUACAGCAUAGUACACUACAAUCUCAAGAACAAAGAGAGGAAUGAUCAUAGUCCUGAUCAGGACCACAUUGACAGCAUCACGGGCAUCGCGUGCAAUCCACGCAUGGGCGUCUUUGCCUCCUCCAGCACCGACGGAACCAUCAAGAUAUGGGACGAGGAUAACACGUUGAUCAGAUCCAUCAAGCUGAACGCCGAAGCACUCAGCCUGAACUUCUACAGUCAGAAGGGAGACCUGCUGGUGGGCAUUGGGAACCACAUUCACCGGAUAGACCAUGCUAGUUAUAUGCCAAGAAUGUACCUGAGGAAGAUGGUUUCCAUGGUGUUUCCCGAUGUUCCCACGGAGACCCCCAUCCCGCUAGAUGAGGACAAAGUCCGAGCGAUGUCCCCGCUGAGCAACAAGAGAUUGAAGGCAGCGCACUCUUCCGUUUUCAAGUUUGAGCAUUUCAAAGACGUUCUCACUGAGGAGGAAACGGAGGAAUUGACGAGGGAGAAGAAACUCAAGGAAGCUGCUUUCACAGUACUGGACGCAAGAGAAACUGAGCUCCGCAAGCUCCGCGACGGCACCUUCGACGAACAGCCCAAGAAAAAGGCCGCCGUCUCAGCUGCCAAGAUCAAGAAAGCUGCCUUCCGCAGGUACUGGAAUCUGGUCCACCUGGAGACAGAACACGAGAAGAUCCCGGACGAGGACAACUUCAAUCCCGACGCCGGAGACGAGGAUGAAGAAUCCGAGGCCUCGUGGAAACCAGAGAGGGAGCCCUCCGGCUUCUUCCCCCACCCCUCGACCGUCCGCCGGCCACCCAAACCCCAAGAUCUACCGGGGAUCUUUGAGACGCAACUUCGGGAGGAAGAUUACGAGGAUGGAAUCCGAGCGACGGUGGAGAGGGUGGAAGUGCGGAAGCCAGCACCCCAGCCCCCGCUGGCAUUACCCAUCAAUCCGUCAGGGUUCAUCCCCAACUCGGUCCUGAUCCGUCUGCUGUGGCCCCCAGAGGAGACAGAAAAGAUGAAGGAGAAGUACAAACCACCGUCGCUGAGCGAUGACCAGCUGGCCCAGAUUGCUGUCAGGAGGAGGCCGAAGUCUUUGGAGAGCCCAGAGCGGGUCAUAGUGUGGAGCGAUGAGGAGGAGGAGCUUCCUAUACCAAGUCCAGAACCAACACCGGAUAAAGAAAAGACACCGAUUCUGACCCCGGAGCCAGAGGACACGGGCACCCCUAAGGCAUCCCUCCUGGACAAAUUCAACAUCGACAUCGCCCCAAUGCCCAAGGACAUCCCCGAUCAGGAACCCACUCCCAGCCCGCCCCACACCCCUACCCCGGAACCCAAGCCAGAGACACCCAAAGAGACCCCCAAACCACCCCCAAGACCCAAAGUGCAGAAGUUGCCUAAACCAGUGGUGAAGGUGGUCACACCCAAACCGGCCACGCCUAGCCCUCCCCCACCUCCUACCCCCUCGCCCCCUAGGCCCCCCACGCCCCUGCCGUCGUUUAUCUCCCAGUUCAAAGGAGCAGAAUGGUUUGAGGAGUACUUCCCUAAUGCAACCAACAAGACAUUCCCCAAACCCUGGACAGUCACAGCCUUCGUGACCAUGCUGCUCCGUCUCCUCAAGAUCGCCGACUACGCCAUGAAGACGCCCAUCUUAGAAGCCAUCAUCAUGCUGUAUCAACAGGACUCCCUGGCCAACACCAAGGUGGUCAUAGACACGGUCAUGGGUGUGCUGAACAAGAGCAGCCCCCCGACUUGCCAGGAUGAGGAUCAGAAGGGCUUCAUCCUGAUGUCCCUCAAGGCACUGCAGGCCAUGACUAACCCCGACACGGAGAUGGUAGUGGAACUCAUCGUCCAGUUCUUGGACGGCGACAAAGAAGUCAGGGAGUUGGUGCACGAUAUCUUCCUGGUCCUGGGCCUGCAGGACAUGCACAAUUACUUCUUCAAGGAGUUAGACAGCUGGGAUGUCUGGAGCGUAGAUGAGGAGAAUCGUAAGAAGGAACUGAACGCCAUGGCCAGGCGCUGGCUGGACAAAUGGCUCACGCUAUUCAAGAGUCACCUCCGCAAGACGAUUGAGCAGCUGAAGAAGGGUAAAGUAGCCGGCAACAUCCAGCGUCGCCAAGCAACCAGAGCUACUCCUCCAUCUGAGUCACCAAGCAAGGGGAAAGGGAUACUGAAGACCAAGAGUGAGCAGGGGGAUGGCUCAAAGCCAACUUCCUCAAAGUCCGAGACUCGAUCGGAGUUCUCCCACGUCAGCACUGGUUCACCGGUCACCGAGAGCUUCAUGCAGUCCCAGCAGUUAACAGUGACCUUUGACAUGCCCCCUGACCUGAGCACCAUCGAGAAUGCCCAGCCCAUGGAGGGCAUCAACUACUUUGUGGAGAUGGAGCUGGAGAGAUACAUGGAGAAGAUGAGGCUUGCCGCGGCCCGGGAACAGGCGAGCAAAGAGGUGUCGGAAGACAGGAAGAACACGGUGCUGGUACUGCCUAAGAUAAGAAGUGGAUCUGCACAGUCGUUAGUCGGAAGAGAAAGCUCUGAUGAAGGAGACCUGGACAGCAGCUUUUUCUUGGAUUCCAAGAUAAGCUUGUCAGGGGAGCACAAGACACCAAGCGAGCUUUGGGAUGAAUUGCAGAGGAUGAAGAAGAAAAGACGAACACCAGAGAGAGUCAGAAAAAGUAAGCCAAGCCUUGUUCGUCUGGGAGAGACCCACACCAGUCAUUGCCGGCCACACAGGGAGACAACGUAUGAGGCUGAUCUGCGUCUUCCGCCCAUCGCCUCGGCAAGACGCUUCGACGUGGAUGGUCUGUACAACUUCACCACCAAGAUCGACCUUCCCAUGAAGACCCUGUACAUGAACCCAUUCCCCAGCCCCAUCGACGCUUACGAGCAGCUACACCAGCCCAUCCUGCUGACGCUCAAGUCGGCCCAGAAAUACUUCAUCCCGGGACAGUCUUUUGUCAGAGAGGAAAACUUCAGGUGAUACGUACAUACAUUUGGCGCUGGGGCCUUGCACGCACAUCGUUUCUUUUCUUCUUUUUUUUCCUCUAGAGCAGAUUGUGGAGAUGGGAUGGGGGAGACUUUAGAUCUGUUAAUUCAGUCAAACUUAACUGAGAUCACAAGUCAAAUCGCAAGUCGGGUCACAAGAAGUACUGACAAGGAGAUACUUUGGUCACAGUUUGUUUUUUAAUAGCUUGUGACUUGAGACAGGAUGACUUGCGAUCUAAUUGUGAAUUCGGGCAAUAACAAUGCAGUGCGCCACCAAGAGUUUGCCACAGAGAGUUCAUUUUUCCCAGUGCAUUGUGGGAGAUGGUCGACAAAUUUGCAGUGCGGGACAUUUGAAAUUGUUAGUUUUUCCGGUCAGUGGUUUCGUAAGCGUAUGAUUCGAGGAUCUGUUUGCCCAUUUCUUUUCUUGUUAUCAAUAUGGUGGUUUUUUUGUUAGGCGGCAGAACACUAUGCCCAUCUAUGACAUGUUAGCUCAAGUUGUCUACCGACACUCAUUCAAAAGGGCCAUGUUUUGUCCACCGUAAACUUGAAAAAUGGACUCUCCGUGGCAAACUCUUAGUGGCGCACUGCAUUGUGAAUCGCCCGAAUUGUGAUAUCUUCAGUUUAUUUUUGCGGACCAGAUUUUCAGACAAAUUCAGGGACACAUUUGAACAUUUUUUAGGAUUUUAGAUAUUUUUCUGUUUUUUUUAUUUCGAAAGUUUUAAAUGAAAAAGAAUAUGUAAACUUAGAUCAAUAACAAAAUCGUGAAUUAAUCAUUUAAUGGACUAGAUGGGAAUAUGGUGCCUCCUCCCCCGCCCCAAAAAGCGAGCAAAACAAAGUUGCUGAUAUAACAAAUUUGCCUUAAAAACCCGUUUUGUGUUUUGAAAGAAAUUUAAUGAACAAUUAUAAUUUGAUCAAACUUAACAAGGAUUUCUCAACAGAUUAACAGAGUUUACCUUUGCAACCGAAUGCCAGUUCUGUGUUUAUUAACUUUAAAGAAUUGUUAAAGGUUUUGAAGUCCAACAAAGUAACAAUGGAUAUGUAUCAUCUGACAGGGCAUAGAAGUCACACAUUAUUUUGUUUAUGUGAACAAGCUUGGAAAGAAUUCUUUACUUGUACAUCACUUGACACCCUGUGCACAACCCUAUGAGACUGGUCUGAAAAAUCCCAAGUGUUUGCUCAGUAAAUGCUUCAAUAUUUGUCCUGCCAAAAAGUUGACUUUUCAUGACGAAUCGCAUUCUGAUGGCUGAUAGGUCACUACAGGGAAAAUUAGUAAAGAUGCCCAUGAAUAGAACUCUUUCUACAAGAUUAUGUAAUCAGAGGUUUAGGUACCGGUACAAUAUUUAUAAUGCAACGAAACUCAGGAAAGAAAAUUAUUCCAUGAAAAAUAUACAAUGUACAUACAAGUGCCUUCAUGUAGAUGUCAAAAAUUCUAGAAAAAUUCUGUAAAAAGAAAAAAAAAUUAAAGAGAAACAAAAUCCGUCCAAAUUUUAAGGUUUGAAUAACUGGAAUGAAAACCUUGCAAGUUGCUGUAUAGAGUGUACUUCAAUUGUAAAUACAUUUUUCACAACAAUAUUGUUUUAUUGGAUCCUCACUUGUAUUUAUAAAGCCUAAACUUUUUACUCUGAAUAAACAAUUUGUGUGAAAAAAAAA